AUGGUAGAGAUAACUGAAGAUAACCACUCCUUGACAAAUGAAUUCAUCCUAAUAGUAUUUUCAUAUAACCCAGAGCUGAAGCCCCUUCUGUUUGUGGUGUUCUUUGCCAUCUAUCUGAUCACCAUGGUGGGGAAUCUUGGUUUGGUGGUACUGAUCUACAUGGAGCAUCAUCUACACACACCAAUGUACAUCUUUCUGGGCAACCUGGCUCUGAUGGAUUCCUGUUGUUCCUGUGCCAUUACCCCUAAAGUGUUAGAGAACUUCUUUUCAGAAGACAGAAAAAUUUCCCUCAGUGAAUGCAUGGCACAGUUUUAUUUUCUCUGCUUUGCUGAAACUGCAGACUGUUUUCUUCUCUCAGCAAUGGCCUAUGACCGGUAUGUGGCAAUAUGUAGCCCACUGCAGUACCACACCAGGAUGUCAAAGAACCUCUGCAUUCAGAUGAUCACGGGAGCCUACAUAGCUGGAAACCUGAAUUCCAUGAUUCAUGUAGGCUUACUUUUUAGGUUAACUUUUUGUGGUUCUAAUCAAAUUAAUCAUUUUUGUGAUGUUCUUCCAUUGUACAGACUCUCUUGUGUCAACCCUUUCAUCAAUGAGCUGAUGAUACUUAUCUUUUCAGGGUCAAUUCAAAUCUUCACUAUUAGCACAGUCCUAAUCUCAUAUUUUUAUAUCCUUUUCACUAUUUUCAAAAUGAGAUCUAAAGAGGGAAAUAGCAAAGCCUUAUCAACUUGUGCUUCCCACUUUCUCUGUGUCUCAAUAUACUAUGGCUCUAUUCUGUUCAUGUAUGUUCUACCUAGUACAGUUAAAGAAGGAAAAAAUGAUACACCAGUUGCUGUUUUUUAUACUCUUGUAAUUCCUUUACUAAACCCUUUUAUUUAUAGUUUAAGAAAUAAGGAAGUAAUAAAUGUUAUGAAAAUAAUUAUAAUGAGAAAUUCUCACAUUUUGGAAUAA